CUCCUGGUAGCCGCUGCACCUCAGUUCACCGUCGGCUCCCUCGCUGCCAGCAUGACCGACGCGCUGCUACCCGCGAACCCCCAGCCGCUGGAGAAAGAGCGAGACGACUACUUUCGGAAGGGUUGUAAUCCUCUUGCACAAACUGGCCGGAGCAAGUUGCAGAAUCAAAGGGCUGCCUUGAACCAGCAGAUCCUCAAGGCUGUGCGGAUGCGGACAGGAGCCGAAAACCUUCUCAAAGUUGCCACGAACCAGAAGGUGCGGGAGCAGGUUCGCCUGGAGCUGAGCUUUGUCAACUCAGACCUGCAGAUGCUGAAGGAGGAGCUAGAGGGGCUCAACAUCUCCGUGGGGGUGUACCAGGGCACCGAGGAGACAUUUGCCAUUCCUCUGAUUCCUCUCGGCCUGAAGGAAACCAAAGAAGUUGACUUUUCGGUCGUCCUCAAGGAUUUUAUUUUGGAACAUUACAGCGAGGACAGCUCUUUGUACGAGGAUGACAUCGCAGACCUCAUGGACCUUAGACAGGCUUGUCGCACCCCCAGCAGGGAUGAGGCGGGCGUCGAACUGCUCAUGUCCUACUUCAUCCAGCUGAGCUUCGUGGAGAGCCGGUUUUUCCCACCCACCCGCCACAUGGGGCUCUUGUUUACCUGGUAUGACUCCCUCACCGGGGUUCCAGUCAGCCAGCAGAACUUGCUGCUGGAGAAGGCCAGCAUUCUCUUCAACAUCGGGGCGCUGUACACGCAGAUUGGGACCCGAUGUAACCGGCAGACGCAGGCUGGGCUGGAAAGCGCUGUGGAUGCCUUCCAGAGAGCUGCAGGGGUUUUAAACUACCUGAAAGAGACCUUCACCCAUACUCCAAGUUACGACAUGAGCCCCGCCAUGCUCAGCGUGCUGGUCAAAAUGAUGCUCGCCCAAGCCCAGGAGAGCGUGUUUGAGAAAGUCUGCCUCCCGGGGAUCCAGAAUGAGUUCUUCAUGUUGGUAAAGGUGGCUCAGGAGGCCGCCAAGGUGGCAGAGGCCUACCGGCAGCUGCAUGCAGCCAUGAGCCAGGAACCAGUGAAGGAGAACAUCCCGUAUUCAUGGGCCAGCGUGGCCUAUGUGAAGACCCACCACUAUGGGGCCCUGGCUCAGUACUUUGCCGCCACCCUCCUCAUCGACCACCAGUUAAAGCCGGGCGCAGAUGAGGACCACCAGGAGAAGUGCAUCUCCCAGCUCUACGACCGCAUGCCGGAAGGGAUGGCGCCCCUGGCCACGCUGAAGAACGAGGGGCAGCGCGUGCUGCUGGGUAAAGGACAUCUGCACCGGGCCAUUGGCCACCACGAGGAGUCGCUGAGGGAGGCCAACCUGUGCAAGAAGCUGCGGGACAUUCAGGUGCUCCGGGAUGUGCUGUCCGCUGCCCACCAGCGCACUCAGCUCAAGUACACCCAGCACCGAGAGGAUGAUGAUCUGCUCAACUUGAUUGACGCUCCCGAUGUCCUCCCAAGAACUGAGCGAGAGGCAGGAAUAAUGGUCCCCCAGUUCUCCAGAGUGACGGUUACAGACUUCUUCCAGAAGCUGGGCCCCCUGUCUGUGUUUUCGGCCAACAAAAGAUGGACGCCUCCUCGAGGCAUUCACUUCAUGGUGGAAGAAGGAGACUUGGGGUUCACUUUGCGAGGGAACACCCCCGUCCAGGUGCACUUCCUAGAUCCUCAGUGCUCUGCUUCGCUGGCAGGAGCUAAGGAAGGAGACUACAUUGUUUCCAUUCAAGGCGUGGAUUGUAAAUGGCUGACCGUGAGUGAGGUCAUGAAAUUGCUUAAGAGCUUUGGCGGGGAGGAGGUUGAGAUGAAGGUGGUGAGCCUCCUGGACUCCACAUCAUCCAUGCAUAACAAGAGCGCCACUUACUCUGUGGGGAUGCAGAAAACCUACUCCAUGAUCUGCCUGUCCAUGGAUGAGGACGAUAAGACUGACAAAGCCAAGAAGAUCUCAAAAAAGCUCUCCUUCCUGAGCUGGGGCACCAGUAAGAACAGACAGAAGUCGGCCAGCACGCUGUGCCUCCCUGAGGUUGGCCUGGCGAGGCCUCACACCAAGAAGAAGCUUCCGACUCCCUUCAGCCUGCUCAACUCCGACAGCUCUCUGUACUGAAGGAGGAACCGGAAUGGUCAGCCCGAGGCUGGACGGCCGUCUAAACACCCGUGCCAUGAUAGGAACGUUCUCCAACCCCGUCUUCUCAGAGUGGAAGCUUGCGUCUGAUGGGCUUGAGAAAGUGAGAAGAAAGCUCUAGAAGUUGGUGGAAACCCAGCCGCGUGGGGAUUUUCACACUGCUGCGGUUAUUUAUUCUCUAAAGCAGGGGAGGGAAGAGCCUGGACGCAUUGGCUGUUUUUUGUUUGGUUUUUGUUGUUGUUGUUUUUCUUAGAUGAGGUUUCUCUUUGUAGCCCCGCCUGUUCUAGAACUUGAUCUGUAGACCAGGCUGGCCUGGAACUCAUGGAGAUCCAGCUGCCUCUGCCUCCUGAGUGCUAGGACUAAAGGCUUGCACCACCAUCGCCCAGCUGCUGUGGCUGUGUCUGUUUUGUUUUUGUAUUUUUAAGUAUAAGUACUCUAUCUGCAUGUAUACCUGCAAGCCAGAAGAGGGCAUCAGAUCCCUUUAGAGAUGGUUUCGAGCCACCACGUGGUUGCAGCCAGUGCUCUAAACCACAGCCAUCUCUCCAGCUCCUGCUCUGGCUGUUCUCAACAGCUGUGGUGAUGAUAUUCAGGAACUGUGAGAGAUGAGUGUCUAGAUUUGGGUGAUAGUGAUUUCCUAACCUUGAGUUCAAAUGACCCUUGAAUGGAGGCAAAUUAGAGGAGUUGCUAAAACCAGGCUGCUCAGCAGAUCUCUUGAGUUUGAGAGCAGUCUGGUCUACACAGUGAGUUCCAGGACAGCCGGGGCUACAGAGACCCUGUCUCAAACAAAUGAAAACAAAACAAAAAACCCAAACAGGCAGCUUUUUCUACUUGGGAAUUUAUGAAAUGAAAAAAUAUCUUACAUCAUUCCUACAUAAUUUGAAUGUUAUUUCCUGGAUAAAGUCCUGUUUUGCCCAGACGUAGUCCAGGCUCAGCUUUCCCUCCAGUCCCAUCACACUGACCAGUUGCUAACACAGCAGUGUUAGGAGAUACUGUCUACAGGGUAGAUAAUAUGCUGUUUGAUACUCAAAACGUUGCUCUUUUGGUCUAAAGUAGGAGGUAUGUAACUAUGUAUUUUAAGAGUCUUGGUUUAAACAGUAGUUUUGCAGUUUACAAGGCAAAGACGUAAACUUACUCAAGUUGAAACCUCUCCUUGACUUUUGAAGACGUAUCUAACUACCAGCUUGACUUUGGGGCUAUCGGUUGGAUGACACUGUGACUGUUUUCAGAGUCAUGGUUGACACAGCUUAAGUGUUGUGCUUAAAGAUAUAGCCUGUGGAUCUUAAUUCGAGGAUUUAAAUAUUUUUCUAUUGUGCAAUAUCUUGAGAAAGCAAAUGCCUUAAGGAAAGUGUGCCCACUAUCCCUGGGGCUGUGUUUGUAUAAUAUUUAAAUAAAUAGUCAUGUUCAUUAUUUGAA